CGAGUCGUCAUGGCAAAGACGCGGAAGAAGAAGAAUUCGAGGCACAGAGCAAAAACAUUACGCGAACCAACCUUCGCAGCUGAUCCACAGGACAAGAGCAGGCUCUUUCAACACCUCCCUCAAGAACUUCGCGAUAAGAUAUGCUCACAUGUCUUCUUUUCUACCGGACUUGCUUACAGUCGGAGAGCAGUCGACCGAGUUGAUCGCAUCAGGAUCAAACCCGCUCAAAACGCUCUCGCCAUGCUUCAAACUUGUCGCCGGGCAAAAGAGGAGAUUGGGGAUACUUGGAUCGGCCAGGUUUUUUUCAGCUUCGAAGAUCCCAAGACGAUGCUCGACAUUUUGACCGCUUUGCCUCCUGGAACCCUCUCCAAGAUGCGUCAUUUGCGCGUCCUGGGCGAUCCUCUUAGGCUCUCCUACGAAGAUGAUGAUGUCUACUAUCGUCUAGCUUCCACGCUCAGACUUCUCCUAGGCCUUCGCCUCGAUACACUCACAGUACUUGGCACUCCCCCGUACCAAGUUAGCUACGAUACUUUAAAUGGUCUCAUAAGCGAAAGUUGUGGGUGGAAGGAACUUCGUUACAUCAGCAAUAGCUCAGAAGUGUUGGGGUUUCCCAGACUUGAGCUGCUUCAUUCUGACGAUGAAGUUGAGAAGCACUGGUACUGGCGAAAGCCUCAACCAGCACACUGGCAAAGGGUCCUGGAGGCCAGGGACGGCGCCCUUUCGAGGCCUUCAGUCGCCAUUUACCGUUCGACCGUGUCGGGCUGUCUCGGUUCAGUCAUGAAUGCGAACACACGCGAGCGAUUUGAACAGAAAAUGCCCGAACACCCAGCAACACGAGAAGCCUUUGGCAUAAUAGAGGAUGCGGGACUGGUGGCGGAUGGCGAAAUAGACAAAGAGAUUAUGUUUAUCAUCAAGAGGGGGACCGGAGUUGAUUACGAACAAAAUAGUGACUCGCCAUUCAUCGAAAGCGAUAUCCGCCGAGAUAUGCCGGGAAAGUCUUGGAAAGAAAUUCGAUACGAGUGCAUCGACAGCAUCUUUUCAGAUGACGACGAUUCGCUGUUGUUGAGUUAUGACGAAGACGAUGAGGGAACGGCAGAGAUUGACGCAUACGACGAUGUCGUCGAGUAUGUGUGGCCUCCGUUGCGCUUCUUGACCGAGUGGUGA